GUUAUUGCUGAACUUGCUUGCAAUCAAUAUAAUUUUGUGACUGUACCACUUUAUGAUACAUUGGGUGCAGAAGCAAUUGAAUUUAUUAUUAAUCAGACUGGGAUAGAAUUUGUAUUAACCACUGUCAAUAAAGGUCGAACUCUCUUAUAUAUGAAAGAGGCUUUACCAACUCUUAAAACUCUUAUCAUCUCUGAUGAUGCUGAUCAAGAUCUUAUAGAUUACGCUAAUGAAUUAAAUGUUCAAAUUGUCAAUAACGAAACUGUAGAAAAUGACGGGGCAAUUCAUCAGGCUGAGGAAAUCAACCCUAAAUCUGAUGAUAUUGCUACUAUUUGCUAUACUAGUGGUACCACUGGAAUGCCCAAAGCGAAUGAAGCUACUAUGAUUUACGUAGGUGCUGCUAUCGGGUUUUAUCAAGGUAGCAUGACUCAAUGGACUUUUACAACUGCGUAUAAUGCUAAGAAGGUCGGUAUAUCAAAAGGUCAAGUUGAUCACUGGAUGUGGGAUAAAGUAGGUUUUGCCCCUAUCCGAUCAAAACAAGGUGGUAGAAUUCAAGUAAUUUUAUCCGUUUCUGCACCGAUUUCUCCUGAUGUGAUGGAUUUUUUAAGAAUUUGUUUUUCUGCUGAUGUUUAUGAAGGAUAUGGUCAAACUGAAAAUGCUGGUGAAAUAUUUGUUAGAGGUAAUUCUGUAUUUAAAGAAUAUUACAAAGACCCAGAGAAAACAAAGGAAGUAAUUGAUAAGGAUUGUUGGUGCCAUACUGGUGAUAUUGGAAUGUGGGAUGAAUUAG